AUGAUUGGGAGUAUUCACCUGGCUGACAGCAGCCUCUAUUUGAGUGGUAAGGUGAAUGACCAAUCAACAUCCAUGCUUUUGGAUACUGGAGCAGUAGUGACACUCAUCAGUAGUGAUCUAUGGGACCGUCUCGAUUCGGCCAAGAAACCCCUUGAACCUGCAAUGGGAUCCCUGAUGUCAGCCACCAAGGAAGACUUGCAGAUUUUGGGAAUCGUUGAUGCUGAUCUGCAGAUAGGAUCCAUGGUGUACUGCCAUCCGGUGGUGGUGGUCGAGAAGCUUAGCCACUCUCGUCUGUUGGGAAGCGAUUUCUUUUUCAAACACCAUUGUACUAUUCGUUAUGAAACGGCGACAUUGGAGGUUGGUAAGGAAGAGAUCCCACUACGACGCCAGAGGUACGAACCGAAAAUGUGUAGAGUCAUUCUCGGGAAGUCUCUGAGGAUACCAGUACAGACGGAAAUGAUUGUGCCAGGGAAGCUCGCAAGAGGAGGUGAGGCAAGUCACCUGAUGCCAGGGAUGAUAGAAGCAAGAAAGAGCCCGACGUCAUUCACAACCGGGCGAACCUUGGGAAAAUCAGGCCAUGGGAAACUUCCCAUUCGUGUGGCCAGCUUCACAGACAGCCCUAUAAGGAUAAGGACCAAUCGAACAUUGGGAUGGUUUCACCCAGUCACGGAAAUUAGUGGACACCAGGAUGACGAACAUGUCGAGGCCAGGGAGGAUGGAGAGGAACAGGAACACUUGGCUGCAGCUGAUCUAGCAGCAACCAGUGCUGGGACGCCUGGUAACCCAGAUCCUGUAGACUCUUCCAUACGCAGACAGGGACUGGCUCCAGCUUCCAUAGCAGCAACCAGUGCUGGGACGCCUUGUUCCCCAGACCCUGUGCAAUCUAGGGAGCGACCGGAAAGGCUGAGGAAAGUGCUCGAGAAGUUGGAAAUUGAGGACAUAAAUCUAACCGGAACUCAACGUGCCACGCUGAUUUCGCUCAUAGAGGAAUAUCAGGAUAUUUUCUCGAUGGAUGAUCUGGAUAUUGGGCAUACUACAGUGGUUGAACAUCGGAUAGAUACAGGAGAUGCCAUCCCGAUAAAGCAGAGGCCGCGGAGGGUAUCACCUCACCAACAAUGUUUCGUUGAUGAGACAACCAAGGACCACUUGGACAAAAAUCUCAUAAAGGAGUCUAUGGGACCAUGGAGCUCGCCUAUUGUACUAGCUAGGAAGCAUGAUGGGAGCUAUCGUCUGUAA